AUGGGUCCCGCUGCGAAAAGACGCAAGGUCUCCAAGACCGAGGAGGUCAAUUUCGACCCCGAUGCCCGCCAUGAUUUCUUGACCGGUUUCCGCAAGCGAAAGCAGCAGCGCAUCAAGCAUGCACAGAGUGCGGCCGAAAAGCGAUAUCGCGAGGAGAGGAGACAGGAUCGCGCAAGGCUCCGUGAAGAGCGUGCCAAGGAAUACAAGCAAGUGAUGGAGGAGCACCAGAGACAACUCAAGCGUCUUAAGGAGGAAGAUGGCGACGACAGCAGUGAUUCCAAUCCCAACGAGGACGAAGAUGACGAGGAGUGGGAGGGCAUUGAAGAACCUCCCGCGGUAGACUACGAGGCGGAAUAUAUCGACGAGGACAAAUAUACAACCGUGACGGUGGAAGAGAUGGAUGCAUCUCGAGAAGGGCUACGAAAAGCCGUGCAACAGGACGAUACCGACGGGGAAAGCGAGGCAGAGGAAGAUACCGCUGCGCAGGCUAAAGCCGAGCCUGAGAAGCUCGCCAAGAAGACCAAGAAGCGCGCUACAGAUCGACCCAAGAAAAAGAAGCAGUUCCGUUACGAGAGCAAGCAAGAUCGCAAGCUCAACAUGGCGAAACAGCGGCUAUCAAAGGCCAGAAAGGCCAGCAAGCGGAAGGAGCAGUGA